AGACCGUAACCGAACCCCACGGCCUGCAGGCACCUACCUAGUCCAAUAAGUCUCUGGUUGUGUCCGCCUGCGCUGACGGCGCAAAAUAGAACUCUGUAGUUCGGAAAUAGAGUGGGUGAACUUUGUCACUUCACACUCUCCCAAGUGGAGAUCCGAAUUCCUUGGCGGUCAGAUCCGGACUCCAAAUAUGGGCGGUACUGAAGUGGCGGCUCCGCAUUUGGGUCUGUGGUUUGCCCCAAACCCGAGUAAGAGAUGGGGCGAGAUGUUCUUUCUUCUCUACACUCCCUUCUGGCUCACUCUCUGCCUCGGAAUCGUCGUUCCCUACAAGCUUUACGAGAGUUUUACAGAAUUGGAGUACUUGCUUUUGGGACUUGCAUCUGCAGUUCCUUCCUUCUUGAUACCUAUGCUAUUUGUUGGAAAGGCCGACAGAAGCUUGUGUUGGAAGGAUCGUUAUUGGGUAAAGGCCAGUCUUUGGAUAAUGAUCUUUAGUUACGUUGGGAAUUACUUUUGGACACAUUAUUUCUUCACAGUUUUGGGUGCUUCAUAUACCUUUCCCUCAUGGAAGAUGAAUGAUGUACCUCACACAACUUUCCUUCUUGCAUAUGUAUGCUUCCUAUUUUACCACAUGAUAUCAAAUAUAACACUUCGCAGGCUACGGCAUUCUCUUGCUGGCUUGCCUGAGAAAAUUCAGUGGGUCAUUGAGGCUGCUUGGAUUUUGGCUCUUUCUUAUUUCAUAGCAUACCUAGAAACCUUUGCUAUUUCCAGUUUCCCUUAUUAUGAAUUUGUGGAUCGGGCGUCCAUGUACAGAAUUGGAUCCUUGUUUUAUGCAAUUUAUUUCAUCGUAAGCUUCCCAAUGUUUCUGAGGGUCGGCGAGAAACCUGGGGAUCCAUGGGAUCUACCCAGAGUAGCAGUGGAUGCCCUGGGAGCUGCAAUGCUGGUCACCAUAAUACUUGAUCUCUGGCGCAUCUUUCUGGGCCCUAUCGUUCCGACUCCAGACUCCAAACAGUGCCUUCAACCAGGACUCCCAUGGUUUCCAGGACAUGCCAGUGAAGCUUGACACUUUCCUUGUAGGCCACACCAAGUGUGCCUCCCCCUCGCUUAGGUUCUCUCAGCUGAAGCAGCCAACCCAGGUUUAAUCUGGGGGAUUCCAUUGUUCAUGCUGUACCAAAUUUAUUUGGUCAUUACUGUAUUGUACCAUUUUCUGUCGAGGACAUUGGUUCAAUGGCUGACUGCACUUCCAUAGGUGCAUUGUUACAUUUUUUUUGGGUCAAUCUGUUUGUAGUGAAACUGUCUGUUUGAUGGAACCGUGACUUCUGAUCA